UCCACUCAAGAGGCUUUUAGGAUAGAAUAUGAUACCUUUGGUGAACUGAAGGUCCCAAGUGACAAAUACUAUGGUGCCCAGACUGUAAGAUCUACAAUGAACUUCAAGAUUGGAGGUGUUUCAGAAAGAAUGCCAGUUCAAGUUAUAAGGGCUUUUGGCAUCUUGAAGAGAGCAGCUGCUGAAGUAAAUCAAGAUUAUGGCCUUGACCCAAAGAUUGCUAAUGCUAUCGUAAAGGCGGCAAAUGAGGUAGCUGAAGGACAAUUAAAUGAUCACUUUCCAUUGGUGGUGUGGCAGACUGGGUCUGGAACUCAAACCAAUAUGAAUGUCAACGAAGUCAUCAGCAAUAGAGCCAUUGAAAUAAUGGGAGGCAAACUGGGGAGCAAAACCCCAGUACAUCCGAACGAUCAUGUUAACAAAAGCCAGAGUUCAAAUGACACUUUCCCAACAGCAAUGCACAUUGCUGCUGCCCAGGAGGUUAAUGAGGUGUUGUUACCUGGACUAAAGAAGCUACAGAAUGCACUUGAAGCAAAAUCCAAAGAGUUCUCCCAAAUCAUAAAAAUAGGACGCACUCAUACACAAGAUGCUGUUCCACUUACGCUUGGACAGGAAUUUAGUGGCUAUGUGCAACAAAUUAAAUACGGUGUGGCUAGGAUUGAGUCAACCAUGCCACGAGUGUAUCAGCUGGCAGCUGGCGGGACUGCAGUUGGAACAGGACUGAACACAAGAAUUGGCUUUGCUGAGAAAGUGGCUGCUAAAGUGGCUGAACUCACAGGUUUGCCUUUCGUCACUGCUCCAAAUAAGUUUGAAGCUCUUGCGGCUCAUGAUGCUCUAGUUGAACUCAGCGGAGCUAUGAACACAGUGGCAUGCAGUCUGAUGAAAAUAGCUAAUGAUAUUCGUUUUCUGGGUUCUGGACCACGCUCUGGACUAGGAGAACUCAUCCUACCUGAAAAUGAACCAGGAAGCAGCAUCAUGCCAGGAAAAGUGAACCCUACCCAGUGCGAAGCUGUAACCAUGGUGGCAGCCCAAGUUAUGGGAAACCACGUUGCUGUUACUGUAGGAGGUAGUAACGGACACUUUGAACUGAAUGUUUUCAAACCCAUGAUGAUUAAAAAUGUUUUGAACUCUGCAAGACUUCUUGGAGAUGUUUGUGUUUCUUUCACUGACAACUGUGUAGUUGGAAUCCAAGCCAAUACGGACAGGAUCAACAAACUAAUGAGUGAAUCCCUGAUGUUGGUUACAGCACUUAACCCACAUAUAGGAUACGACAAAGCCGCCAAGAUCGCCAAG